AUUGACCGACUGCUCCACCAAUGACGAAAGCGCACAGGAGGACACGCAAACAGAGGAUGCACGCACGGCAUGGAUCUCUGGCCACAAGGCGGUCCCGUCCUAGAGCUGCAAGAACCGCGUCCAUGGCUGGGAGAGAGGAGGAAUAUACUGCAAUAGCUGAUGCUGCACAGUCGCUAAUAUCAUUGAUUUCGAGAAGACAGCAACAACCUGAAGGCAGUGGUCAAGGAGGAAGGGGGCAACCACCUCGAAGGUUGCAGUCAGAUGGACACAACACCCCAAGUACAUCAACUGGAACAAGUCAGCUGCCGACGAUCCAAAAUGAAAUGCAGAGGUCAUUUCCAGGUUUUUUUCGCCGUGAAAUGAUUCGCUCCAAGAAACGCCCUGCUGCUCUUUCCAAAAUAUCUCCAGCGAUAGCCAUAAAAUAUGUCAGGCUUCAGUUUUUGGUGCUGUCAAGUCCGACUGAUCGCACACCAAAGCCAUCUGAAGAAAUCAAACUCCUCGAGGCAGGCUUGGGGAAAAGAACCAUUACAGUGGCUGAUAGCUCUUGCCAUGAGGAGAUUGUCUGUCAGCUUGAAGAGCAGUACCCCAAGUUGAAGCAGUUGUCCGGAGGCUGGCUUUGCUAUAAAUCAACAGGUGGUCAAGGACAGAGAAAAUUGACUGUUGUCGCUACAGAGUCUGAGGGCUACACUGGACGACUCCUUAAAACGGUCACAAAUAAUGGAAAACUAAUUCUGUACAUUGUCCCACUACAAGAGGAGCUAGAUGCAAGCCCCCUCCCCCACAAUGCUCCAGAAUUUUCCAAAAUGCCAAAGUCCUCAUGCAAAAACUGUGGAGUUGUUAUGCCUUUACAGUUCCUGGCUCUGCACAUCAAAUCUUGUAAUGCUGAAAUUAGCAGUGAUGAGCCUGAAAUUGUCAGUAUUGUAGAGAAAGAAGUCAAUACUACAGAAGUAUGCCCAAUAUGUGAAAAACAAUUUCCUAGAGAGGAUAUUGCAUACCAUGCCAGCUUUUGUGGAGAUGGAUUUCCAGAAGACACCUUGAUGCCAUUACUUGAAAAUGAUGCCAGAGAGGGGACUUCAAGCACAAUUGAUUUCUUGCCUCAUGAACAAAGCACCAGUUCGACUGGUGUAGUCAAUGACAUGGCCGGACCAUCAACUAUUCUUGCUGAUCCCACUGUCCCAGAAUGGAAGCAAAUCAUUAAUUCUUCAAGUGCAGCAACACUGUUCAGAAGAGUUAUCUUGAGGGGGCAACAGCUGGAGAUACCUCUUCGCUUCUCAAUGGACCUACAUUCUGAUCUUGAAGAGAGAGAAAAGGCAGUAAUCGCAUUCUACAAGACUCCAAGAACUAAAUGGGCCUCCCCACUUCACUGUGUGCUGGAAGGUGAUGCUGCCAUCGGUGAUGGUGUAAGUCGUUACUUCAUCAGCUUUGCUAUGCAGACCUUGCAGUCUGGAUUCCACAUCAAUUUUGGCAAUGCUGAUGUGACGAGGCUGUUUGAGGGGCAGAAGGAUCACCUCAUCCCAUGUGCCUCCCAGCCACUCAUUGAUUCGGACCUUUUUCUGAUGGCAGGUAGAAUGGUGGGACAUUCAUUUAUACAUGGUGGCCCAGGAUUGCCAGGGAUCAGUCCUGCUGUAGUCCAUGUGCUCUUAGGGGGCCAAUUGGAGACAGCGACAUUGGUAUUGGAGGAUUGCCCUGAUAUCGAUCAAAGGAACACAAUCCAGUUGCUGGAUGGCAACAGGGAGCUAUCUGAGGACCAGAAAGCGGCUGUCAAUAGCCUAGUCGACAUGUGGGAAUUGCCACGACUGACUAAUCUGAACAGACAAUAUCUUCAUCAGAGGCUGUUGCAGCAUGCGAUUCUGGGAAGAACCGCUUCUCAGAUCAAACAGAUGAGAAAGGGCUUAAAAGAAACAGGAGUGUGGUCAAUACUGUCAGAAAGAAGAGAUGUGGCUGAAGCUGUCUUCCCACGUGAAAAAGAAGUUAUCUGCAGCCCCCAGGUCAUGAUUGAUCACAUCAUUUGGCCAACAAGUGAGGUUGUUGACGACGACGAGGAAUUUCCACUUGAGACAAGAGCCAAAAUUGGAAUGUACCUUCGGCAUUUCAUUGAAACGGCACCAGCAGCAUCUCGGAUGAACCUACUCAAGUUUUGGACUGGAUGGGAAGUUCUCUCUGGGCAGCUGAAGCUGGAGGUGGUACGUGGGGAGUUCCCAAAAUCCUCGACUUGUUACCAGAGCCUACGCAUCCCUGGCCACUUCUCAACUUAUGAGGAACUUAAACAAGCACUGGAAGCAUCUAUCUGGACAUCCGAUACUGGAUUUGGACUGAUAUAAUGCAGCUUCAUGCAAUACAUGUGUGAAACAUGUCAGUUUAAAUUUCCUUUAUUCACAUUUCAUUUAUUUUAGGCCAACGUAUAUUUAACAAUGUUUUAGUUAAGAAAAAAAAAUGGCAUCUUUACAGACCGUGGAGUUGUAGCAUAAUGUUCUCAUAAUGAAUGGCGUUUUAAAAACAGAAAUUACAAAAUGCAUGUUCGGUAAGUGUUU